AUUGACAGUUCUCUGGGUGGUCACUAUCGGAAGGGCUGAUUCCAGUGUGAAGAUGGCGCGGAAGCCAGAGGUGGUGAUAAGCUAUCUGACUGAAGUGGAGGAGUUGGUGGAGAGUUUGUUGGCCGAUAAACAGCAGAUUGUUGAUCUGGAUGUGAAGAGAAAUCGGAACCGUGAAGCACUAAGAGCGUUACAAAACAGCACGGAGCAAUCUGGUAACGUGAUGGUUUGUUUUGGAAACAUGUUUAUUAAAUUCCCCACUUCUAGAACUAGGGACAUGAUUCGGAAAGACCAAGAACAGUUGGAUGAAGAGAUACGUAAGCUUUAUAAUCAGCUGAAGGUGAAAGUCAAUCGUUUAAAUGAGGCUCAAGGAAAACCUGAACUCAAAGGAUUCAAUCUUUCCCCUUUAACCGUAGAGGAGAUGCAGGCCAUUGAGAAGACACUGAAGAGUUGAAAGUGGCUCAGACUUGUAAAAUUGAUGAUAACUGGGUGUGGUACCGUGUAUUACAGGAACAGCUGCUUUACGUGGACUGCACGUACAAAACUUUAAGGCCAUAUAAUGAUGUGAGAUUUUUGUCAACAUUGCCCAAGUUCAAAAAUUUAGCACAGUUGGCCUUCAACAUGAUUGUCAUAGAUUAACCAUUGAAUUAUACAACACAGAAGGAGGCCAUUUUGCCCUUUGUGCCUAUUUGUGGCCAGCCCUUGAACACUAACUUGCACACCAUUGCUGACCACUUGGCAAAUGAACUUUAAGAAUUAAAAAUGCUGGAUUUCUGAAUUAAA